AUAAAGCCAUUUUUAAAUUUAUUCAUUCUUUUAAUUUCUCCGCCAUCCUCCUCGGCAAUCGGCGAGGUGAAGAACAAACCCCCACCCCGAGAUCUCUUUCUAGGGUCUUGAGAUCCGCUUCGAUCGGCGACACCACCGCAAUGGAAUUCUAGGGUUUCUUCGAGGAUUCGGGGAGGGCUCGAUGUCGGGGGAAGAGUACGGGACCGACGACCACAAGGCCCUCCUCAGAUCCGCUCCCUCGGCGUCCGACUCCGAUCUGGAGGCCAACGGGCUGCCGGCGGUGGCGACGCCGACGUCCGCAAGGAGGAGCGGGAUCGGGGACCUUCUGAGGCACCUGGAUCGUGGUCUCUCUAGCCGGAGCUGGAGCCGGAGCCGCCGGUACACGGACCACGGGGGAUCGCCUUUGGCGUUCGAUGACCCGGCACACGACCCCCUCGGCGACGGCGCGCCGCCGGAGUGGGCGCUGCUGCUUAUUGGGUGCCUUCUUGGUCUCGCCACCGGUAUUUGCGUCGCUGCCUUUAACCAUGGGGUGCAUGUAAUACACGAAUGGGCAUGGGCAGGUACCCCAAAUGAGGGUGCUGCCUGGCUGCGCUUACAGAGACUGGCUGAUACUUGGCACAGAAUACUGUUAAUUCCUGUUACAGGAGGAGUUGUUGUCGGCAUGAUGCAUGGAUUACUUGAAAUAUUCGAGCAGAUAAAGCAGUCAAGAUCUUCACAGAGGCAAGGUAUUGAUUUGCUGGCUGCAAUGUUUCCAACGAUAAAGGCCAUCCAGGCUGCAGUUACUUUGGGCACAGGUUGUUCAUUAGGCCCUGAGGGGCCCAGCGUCGAUAUUGGCAAAUCUUGUGCAAAUGGGUGUUCGGAAAUGAUGGAGAACAAUAGAGAAAGGAGGAUUGCUCUUGUUGCAGCUGGUGCAGCUGCUGGGAUUGCUUCAGGUUUCAACGCAGCAGUUGCUGGAUGUUUCUUUGCUAUUGAAACUGUGCUGAGGCCACUUCGAGCAGAAAACUCUCCUCCAUUUACAACUGCUAUGAUAAUAUUGGCUUCUGUUAUAUCAUCCACAGUAUCAAAUGUUUUACUUGGAGAAAAGCCAGCUUUUAUUGUGCCGACGUAUGAAUUAAAAUCUGCUGCUGAAUUACCUCUAUACCUUAUUCUAGGGAUGCUGUGUGGAGCAGUGAGUGUGGCUUUCACUUGGUUGGUAGUUUGGUUCUCAAAAUCAUUUGAUUAUAUAAAAGAAAGGUUUGGUCUUCCUGCUGUUGUAUGUCCUGCCUUAGGUGGCUUAGGUGCAGGCAUGAUAGCUCUUAGGUAUCCUGGAAUAUUGUACUGGGGUUUCACCAAUGUUGAAGAAAUCCUACACACGGGGAAGAGCGCUUCAGCCCCUGGAAUUUGGCUGUUAACUCAGCUAGCUGGGGCGAAAGUAAUAGCAACUGCUCUUUGCAAGGGUUCUGGUCUUGUAGGUGGUCUUUAUGCUCCAAGCUUGAUGAUUGGUGCUGCUGUUGGCGCUGUUUUUGGUGGUUCAGCUGCACAAGUGAUAAACUCAGCAAUUCCAGGAAAUGCUGCUGUUGCCCAACCACAAGCCUAUGCAUUGGUUGGAAUGGCUGCUACGCUAGCUUCAGUUUGUUCAGUUCCACUGACCUCAGUAUUGCUCCUCUUUGAGCUAACAAAGGAUUACAGAAUAUUGCUUCCACUCAUGGGAGCUGUUGGUUUAGCAAUCUGGGUGCCUUCUGUGGCAAACCAGUCCAAAGAUAGUGAGGUAUUGGAGUCCAGGUCAUCUGGGCAUGGUUAUUCUUCUCUUUUGUCCGCUGAAGACAGAAAUGAAGCUGUCUGGAGAAGACUUGAUGGAAGAGGUGAUCGUGAACUUUCUACAGUAGAAACUGGAAUUCACCAACAUGAGCUAUUAACGGGGGAAGUGGUUCUGGAUGACCUGAAGGUUUCUCAGGCCAUGUCAAGGAAUUAUGUUAAAGUUGUACCGACAGUUAUGGUGAAAGAAGCUUUAAAACUUAUGCAUGAUAACCAUCAAAGUUGUGUUCUUGUUGUUGAUGAUGAAGAUUUUCUGGAGGGAAUUCUUACACUAGGUGACAUUCAGCGGAAAGGAUUAGAAGCAUGUGGAGGGACUCCUCUUACUCCCAAGGGAGAUUCAACAGGUUUAGAUGUGAACAAUUGUCUCAUUUCAUCAUGCCUUACUCGAGGGUUUAAGUAUCAGGGGAUUGAACGUGGACUAUUAACAUGUUUCCCUGACACUGACUUGACAACUGCAAAGGAUCUUAUGGAGGCCAAAGGAAUCAAGCAGUUGCCCGUGGUCAGGCGUGGGGGGGGCCCUAGAAAUGGAUGGAAGCGUGGACUUGUUGCUCUUCUUCAUUAUGAUUCAAUUGGGCGCUGCCUUAGAGAGGAAGUGGAACACAGGAAGACCAUCUACCUGCAUAGGAAAGAUCUCCAGGAAAUCACCACAAAUGGGCAUUGAGUAUGCAGCAAAUCAUGUAGUUACCUUUCAGAGUUCCUCAAACUCAUAUACAGGCCAUCUAGCCCAACCACUACGUUCAUAAUGGGGCACACUUGGAGUUGGGGAUCCCAUCAGUUCCUUUAUUCCAAUGCAUAUGUUCUGUUUUGCAGAGUUCUGCUCCUCUAAUUCAACACGGCUGUAUGCGCCAUCCACACUGUAUGAACCAGGCUCUCUAUGCAAGGAUUCUCUGAAGGCAGUGGAUGCUUGAGCGAACACAAUACUGUUUGGGCACAUGCACCUGCAGCUUGUAGUCUUAGUGGAUUUGGAGAUACAGCAUCUUCUAUAGAGGAUGUAGUAGUAUUGAGCCAGUGCUUCACUCUUCCAUAUUAGCUGAUCAACAUUUUUUUUUUUUUUUACUUGAUUUUUUUGAAGCUAUAGAUCAAGUCAUGUGGAUAACUGAGUUUCCUUGUAUCACCACCCUAUGCAUUUUGGACCAUUUGGGUACUGACAGGAUGUUGUAAAUCUAGUGGAACAAGCCUUGUAUGAGUGAAGGUGCUUAAUACAAUUUUACAGAACAAAUCCUUCAAUAUCUGCAAUAUUGUAUUGUAUACUCUGCAAUGGAGUGCGUCCAAUGGUCUUUCUAACAAAGAAUGCAUUUUUUGA